AUGCCUUCAUUCUCGUACAAUCUUUCGGCUCGGCUCGCGAGGACUGUUGGCAGCAGGCUCAAUCGAGUUUGGGCAGGGCGAGUCUCCAAGUCAUCCUCAGUUCGCCGCCGCACCGCAUCAUCACCUGCUGAGGGUUUGGGACUCCACUCAGACCCAAACGCAACUGCACCUAGAAGCUCAUCCAUUGACGACGACGACGGCCCUGAGCAGCAAAUCAGACUGGAAGUCGAGCGCGCGAUCAAACAAGAAGAACAAGAAGACCAUUUCGCUUAUUCAUUUAAUGUUCGCGAGGACGACCGUGACUACGGCGUGUGUGCCGACUCAGAGGACGAGUCUGCUGAAGACGAGUCCGAGGACACUUUGCCACAUUCACAGGCGGCUAGUACUACGCAGGGCGAUCUUGGUGAUAUGGACGAACCCAUUCAGAGCAUAGAGGUCGAUGAUGAGACUUCGGACAACCAGAGCGCCUCACCUAGCCUCCGUGGCGGCACCAGUCGGCGUCGACGCCGCCGUAGUAGCGACGAAGAGGACGAGGAUGAGUACCCUGACGAGAACGAGGGGCCUGAUGGGAAGAACAACGAGUAUGAGGACAAGGAUGAUGACAAUUACGAUUACGAAGACCCUCCCACCAACCUCGACGACUACUACGAAUCUGAAGAGGACUUCCAGGAUGAGUACGACGUCGAAAGUGAAGAUAUCGACUGGUACCGAGUUGAGAGAACCAGGGUGACGGGUAUCAGGUAUUGGGCAAGGGACGCUGCAAAGGCCCACAAGCUCAUGACGCUUUGCGGAUAUUACUCGUUGUUUCCCUCCUCCUGGAAGUGUGAUCUUGUUGAUCACCCUUACUUGAGCGGGCUCUUCGCGACCCGAAACGAGGAGAAGAAAACUCUCAUCAGAGCGGAGUCGAACCAAUUCAGAGCCACGCGAGCACUGCGGAACCUUUUCGAGCUGCAAAUUCGCAUCUGCGCUUAUCGGCAAGAUGGUCUCCAUGACAAAAUGGCCGACCUCAUCGACCAGGAACUCCGGAGAUACAACGCAUCGGUCGAGAAGGAUGCUAAGCUGCUUGGCUCCUACGCCUACUCCAGUCCCAUACUGAUCAUCAAGUUCCCUGUCCUCCAGUUCGCCGACGUUGAAGAGGAUCAACUCCAGCAAAUGGUACAUGCGGAGGCAAUGCGCUUCUGCCGGCAAGGCGUGGAGAGAUAUCGCCAUCAGUGGGAGCAACGAGGAGUCGAGCACUUCCCACGGGUCAUGUUCGCUUUUGUGAUCAUUCAGCACACUGUGCAAAUCUGGGCACUCGACACUGAAAUUCCGGUCGAACAGUUGAACAACCCGUACCCUCUGAGAAGCAUCGAUAUGUCCAGGAGGAACGAUUGGCUGAAUUGCACGUUGUCAAUUGCUAUUCCCAUCCACUUGUCAAAAGAAGCGCUGUCAGCACACCGCUGGAAUUUUCCCGCGUUGGAGGUGGACGAGUCCGACGUUGAUCUUUGA